CUCUCUCUCUCUCUCUCUCUCUCUGCAUAUAUUUCUGUGGCGGAGACUUUUCGUCGAGGACAAAGGCGAAUCUAUCAAUGGUUUUCAACUCAUGAAUUAAUACCAAGUACAAGAGGGUGGUAGAGAAAAGGGUGGAGAGUUUCUCUUCGCUGAUCUCUCUCAAUCUAGGGUUUAUCAACAUCAACAGGAGGGAUUUGGUUCCAGGGUUUAUUGAUACUACCUGGUGAAAAUCAGUGGGAUCUUCUAUUUGAUUUCAUGCAAUUGUCACAAACUCGAAGGAGUUCGGGUUGAUUAGGAAAGCAUGGGAGAAGCUGAUUACCAUCUCAGAGGCGAUUUAUCAGACAGCAUCUCUGCGUUGGCCGUAAGUGAGAGGCACAUUGGUUCUGACAAUCAAGUCAACAGAAAACCAAUGGAAGAGGAUGAUCUUCAACAGAUUGAAGAACAAGAACGAGAAAUUAUCCAGUUAAGGAAACAAUUGGCUGAAUAUACUGUCAAAGAAGCACAGAUUCAAAACGAGAAGCAAGUUCUUGAAAAACGCAUCACAUCAAUGUACAAUGCUUUUGAUCAACAACAACAAGAUCUUUUUGCAGCGACCUCAAAAGCCAUAUCCUACAGACAGGACAUAGUCGAAGAGAAUAUACACCUUAGAUACGCACUACAGGUAGCUCAAGAUGAAAGGUCAAUAUUUAUAUCGUCUUUAGUGCCUCUUCUUUCAGACCUCUCUCUUCACCCUGCAGCUCUUGAUGCAUACUCCAUUGUUAGUAGUCUAAGGAUUCUCUUCAAGCAUACUAAAGAAAGACUCACUAUGGCUGAAGAAAAGCUACGGGAAUCUCAAUAUCAACCUCUACUUUUACAUUCUCACAGGGAAGAUUCGCCAUUAGAUUCUUCACCUCCAACUUGGCCCCACUCAAGCUUUGAGCCAUCUCCAGAAACAGUUCAUAUGGGUGUAGAGAGACGAAACAAUGGAGAAGGUGUGGUCAAUUCUCCUUAUUUGCCAUCAAUUUUUGAAGAAGAACCUUCGUCCUCACACCUUGAAGCAGAUGAUUCAGAAGAAGAUGAUAAUGGCAGUGGUGACUAUGAUGAUGAAGAUACUAAUAAGCCACUUCCCACAAUAGAGGGUUUGCAGAUUUUAGGGGAAGCUUUUCCGGGUCAUGAAAUUCAAGCAAGUGGGUACUCAAGAAAUGGAACCACCCACUGUGGUUUUGAGUGGGUUCGCCAUUUGGAAGAUGGAUCAGUCCACUAUAUAGGCGCAAGACAACCCACUUACACCGUUACAGCAGAUGAUGUGGAAACAUAUCUUGCUGUGGAAGUCCAGCCGCUUGAUGACAGACAGAGGAAGGGCGAACUUGUAAAACGCUUUGCGAAUGACAACAGGAAGAUCACUUGUCAUCCUGAUAUGAUUCGUGAAAUCGAGAAAAUCUUGAGCAUAGGCCAUGCAAUUUUUAAGCUUUUUGUUUGGAAAGGAUCUCUUGACACUUGGGAAGCAGCUGCUUUGGAGAUCAAGAAGAGUAGUUACAGCAUCAAGAUUAAUGGACCCAACAGCAGUGUUGUAGUUGAUGAGAAAUAUGCACCAACCACAGUUAUUAGUCUACCAGCAGAAAUACCAUCAGAGUUCUCGAUACUUAGUCCUGGGGGCGAUGAGCAAUAUUUACGUGCAGAUUAUAGUUCUAGUGAUGUCAGCUGCUCAAGAGAUACAAUUGUGCUGACGAUGAGAUUGUUUAUCAAACGGGCUGUGGAUAAGAAGCUCGGGAAGAAGAAGAGGAGGGUUUUGUUCUUCAAGUAAGUCUUCUAUUGUAGAGGUUCUUGUAGCAUUCGUACACAAUUCUUUUAGACAUACAUUUGUAAACUGAAGUUAGCUUUUUGAAUUGAUUCAUGUUAACCAUGAAUCUUUUGUAAAUAACAGAAAUAUCUGUUGAUCCAUAAAAAAUUGAACAAAACCCAGCUUCUUUAUGAGAUUCUUUUCAGGCAUACUAUUUGGUAGCACACCUGCAACCACACAAGGCACA